AUUCUGUGGUUCCAGGCUUGCAAACCAAUCCUCCCAGAAGGAAUCGUUGGGAAAAAGUAAUGGGUUUGCUUCAAAGCCAACCGAAUCUCACUCGUUUCCUCGCCUUCUCAUUCUGACAUUGCAUCUUCUCUUUCCUUUCCCUCUCUCUUCCCUAUAUAUACUUAAUGACUUCCAAGGUUGGAAACACAAUACUGGCAAAGCAAAUUCCAGGGUAACUGUUCCACAGAAUUAGAGAUGAUGAUGGAGGGUCGGGAGGAAGUUGUUGUUUGUAAAGAUCAGUUGCAAAUCAUCAAAGGGAAACGUACCAAGCGUCCGAGGCCGUUGUCUCCUCUGACUUUGGCGAUGGCUUCAAGCACGACGACUUCUAGUGGAGGAGAAAGUGGAGGUGAAGGUGGAAGAAAUAGUAAUGAUUCCAGGGGGUUUGAUCGAGCUGUUGCUUCUCCAACAACAUCUGUUGAGUUAGCAGAAAGCACUGAAGAAGAAGAAGACAUGGCCAAUUGUUUAAUACUUUUGGCUCAAGGUCAAACAAGAAAAUUAGCAUCCGAACCAGCUUCUUUGGCAACAGCAAGCAAGACGGCAGGGAUAUAUGUCCACCAGUGCAAGACAUGUAACCGGUGUUUCCCUUCAUUCCAGGCGCUUGGUGGACACAGAGCAAGCCACAAGAAACCCAAGAUUAAUAAUGAAGAGAAUAAUAAAGGGCUGAUUUUUGUGAAAGAGGAUGAUCAUGAUCAGUUCAAUAACAUGAACACAAGCUUUUCGCUUCAAAUAACGAAUAAGGCUGCUGUUUUGGGCAAUAGCAACAAAUCCAAAGUUCACGAGUGUUCGAUAUGUGGUGCUGAGUUCUCUUCCGGACAAGCUCUUGGAGGUCAUAUGAGGAGGCACAGGACAUUUACUAAUGCUGCAACAACAACAGCUACAACAACUUUGAGUGUUGGAACAAGAAUUAGCAGUCCUGAACCAGAAGAGUCCAAGAAAUCAAGAACCGUUCUGCAAUUGGAUCUUAAUCUUCCAGCCCCGGAAGAUGAUCAUCAUAGGGAGCCUAAACUUUCAUUUGCUUCAAAGGAAAAGCUACUGGUCUUCUCGGCAUCUUCUUUGGUUGAUUGCCAUUACUAGAAACACAAGUCCAUCAUAAUUUUUUGGGGGAGUAUCUAUCACCCAAAAUUCAAUGUGUAUUAUUAACAUUAAUUAUUUUCUCACUAAUAUCACUCAUAAUUGUUCAUUCUUUGAAUUCUUUUAAAUUUAG